UCGCCAUGGAGCGCGUCGUGACCCAAAAGCAGCACUCGGUGAAGAUUCUAGAAAAAACGUUGAUCGAUUUGAACAUGCAACAACGCCAAAGCGAGGCCAAAUUUCAGAAAGAGCUGCGCGACCUUGGCCUUGACUUAUCAAAGCUGCAAAAAUCAACUCGAGAUUUCGAUGAGUUCUUGCAAGAUCCCAACCCGACACCAAGACCUUCCGGGAGGAGGAGUUCACUCCCUUACAUAGAGGGCAACUUAAACAUUCCCUACCCAAUAGAUCCAUCCGGUUCGCCGCGGAGCAGACGUAGGCUGAGUAUUGCCACAGUGCCUGUCAUUCCCCAGCAGGUGACGGGUCAACAAGCAAACGAUUUUCCCGUCAACAUCAACAACCUAAUGGAGAAGGCCAAAUCGGCAUCGGUGAAAAGGGGAGGUAAAUCCGCCGACGGUGAAUACAAGCGAGGGGGCAAACCAAACAAGGACGCUAACUCUGGUAGGGAACGCAAAUUAUCGUCAGAGGUGUUAAAAAAUAAUGUCGACGGUAAACAAAAUUUUAAACUUGAAAAACAAACGCCCAAAGGUGCAACCUCGCCUGCCGAGGGUCGUAAUGACGUCACGGACAUGACGUCAGCAGAGGAAGUAAACUCAGAUUUUGCAAAACAAGAAACGUUCGACGUUCCGGAUAAAAGACGAAUCAGAAGACAAUCUGAACCCGCAAUUAGUCGGGUUUUUCUAUCCACACAUGAAGAGUUCUCGUCAGCUAAGCAGCAUAACGGUACAGAAUCAGAAGACUUGAAACAUUCGAUCAAACUUAAUUUACCAUCGGAUAUUGUGGCCGAGGAAGAAGAAGACGACGAGCUGAAUAGAGCCAACAGUCGUACGAACGGUCAAAGCCUCGAUAUGGCUACAACGCGCUGUGCAAAUGAGGAGACUGCUAAAAUCAAGGGAAAUCACUCUAAGUUACAACAACAGAACUCUAUAAAUGGGAAAUCGCGGAAUAAAAGUACGCAGAAAGUAUUGAGUAACCACCGACCCAGGCGUUUAUCUGAAGGGGAUAUUCUGAAGUUCGCGCAAGUUUUGACAAAACAAGAACUAGCCAGAAACGGACGAAACAAUGGCUACCAGAACGCAGUGCGGGAUAGUCAAGAACUGAUGUGGGAUUCAAUCAGAAGGUGUAGGUACAUCAGGGGACAUAAUCCACCGGAGAUGACUGAACCAGGGGACAUAAAUCAGUUUGUUUUUGGGAAGAGCAAAUAAAAUCUGCUUGCCUUCAUCAUUUCGUUGAAAGUAAAUACUACGAUUUUUUCCGGUCUUGUUUUUUGUGCAAACCGUCAACGGAGUUGCCUCAUUGUCAACCGAUUGGUUGUUUCUCUCUUAUAUUAAAGAAAACCAAAGAUAAUGAAAUAUUUCUUGUCUACAAAUUGUAUAAUAAAUGAUGUCUAUAUACUUAGUAUAUACUUAAAUAUUGCAAAAAUAUGCAUAUUUCAGUUCUCACAUGAACUAUUACUGCUAUGAUAAAAAAUUUCUUUGGUCACUUAUGGUUGUUAUAUACAAUUUUAUAAUUACUUCAUUAACCAACCGUAAAUUAAAGGAAAUGCAGUUGGAAAGGUUGACUCUCGGUGAAUAUACGAGUUUAUAUCUGAGUGUAAAACUUAUUAGCAGCUCUUCCUAGAGUCAUCUUUGGGUCACUCCUCUACAGUGGUAAACUGGAGUGUCAAGGAACCUGGGAAAGCUUUGGGUCACUCCUCUACAGUGGUGGACUGGAGUGUCAAGGAACCUGGGAAAGCUUUGGGUCACUCCUCUACAGUGGUGGACUGGAGUGUCAAGGAACCUGGGAAAGCUUUGGGUCACUCCUCUACAGUGGUAAACUGGAGUGUCAAGGAACCUGGGAAAGCUUUGGGUCACUCCUCUACAAUGGUGUACUAGAGUGUAAAGACACCCUAAGGAAAACUUUAGGUCACUCCUCAGCAGUGGUGGACUGGAGUGUCAAGGUAGCCUAAAAGUACUAGAGAGCAGUCUUAUCUGACACCAGUACUGCUGUCUCACCAGGAAAGCUGCAAUGGACUGGACACAGUUCUUAUGGCUCUGUGAAUAUCUUACCUGUUAAUCAUACUGACUUUUCACGGCUGUCUUUUUUUUUACUACUGAUAGAUGCAUUAUUAUAAAUGUAUCUACAUUAUGUUUAUAUAUCUACCUGCAGAUUUUAAUAUUUCAGCUUUCACAUAAACAUGUUUUAUAUAUUUUGUUUUCAUAUUGGUUAUGGUUAUUAAAAAAUUAUAUAAGCAUAUACACAUUUUCUUGUUAUACAAGUGUAAUAAAUAAAUGACAAC